CUUGAAUUUCGUUUCGGUACAUCGUCUGAACUGUUGCAUUGCUUUUGAGGUGGAACGUCCCAAAGUCCGAUAAACCAUAAAGUGAUCUCCAACUGAUUGGAUUUUCUCAACAUUGCUUGAACGCAUUUGCAGAAAGAAGGUGCUACGGUUUUUCAACUUCGGCGACAAAAGAACUGACCGAAGAUAUCAUGGAAAUUCGCUGUGUUUUACCAUUCAUCCUUUCAUUGCUGUGUUCGAGCAAGUCCGGCAGCAUUUACCAAACACAGGACUUGGUCAUCAUUAAAGAUCCAUUUGAACCAGAAAACAUAGUCAAUGGACGACAUCAGAAUUGGAUGGCCAAGGAAAACGAUGAUGCCCACUUCUCGUUCAGACCCAAUUUUUACCACUCCCAGGCUAAUGUCUUCACUGGAUCUCAAAGGCAAAAUAACACAACUUUGAUGGAUGAAAGAUCUUGUUACACAGCAGAAGGCAGAUUUGGUUCUUGCAUGCCGUUACGUUCGUGCUACCCAGCAUCAAAGUUGCCUCAAUUAAGCAAUCUGCAAGUUUGGACUAUGAUUACCCGAAUACCUUGUAGCUACGCCGUAACAGAUGGAAGACAGAUACAGGGAAUCUGUUGUUUGAACGAAGAGGUUUUUAAUCCUCCCAGUGUUUUUGUUGAAGUUCGAGCCAUGCCAUCAACACCACCGUUUGGUGUGCCAUACAGCUUUAAUUAUCCCGUCGUACCUCACCCAAUUGCUGCUAGUGCCAAGACUAAAGCAUCUCCUAAAAGUGAAAAUCCGCCUUCAUCGCCUCUAACAGAAGGAGCAAUGGCCCAGCGGAAGCUCAUCGGUUGCGGAGUAGGGCCAGCGAAAAUAUCGAGUCAUGACGGGCAUCGUAUCAUUGGUGGGACAGCUGCUGUCAAGAAUUCUUGGCCUGCAAUGGUUGCAAUUAAGUACGCUGGAACGUUCUUUUGUAGCGGAACUUUGAUUUCUCCCACCAAAGUCCUGACCACGGCCUACUGCGUGAAAGUUCGUCAGCCGUGGGACUUUUACCUAAUAACCAUAGAACUCGGCGCUCAUGCCAUGUACCCAACCAGUGAUGCACCGGUGUCGAGAAGGAUAUCGGGUUUGGCACGCCACAGAUCUUACAAUCGUGACAAAGUGCUCAACGACAUUGGAAUCUUUAUGCUGAAAGUACCGGUGAUUUACACGAACACAAUGUCACCCGUUUGUUUGCCACCGGCUGGCACCACUGAUACGUACGCUGACAAAAAUGCCUUCAUCGUCGGGUGGGGUUCAUUGGAAUAUAAUCCAGAUCUUUUGCCAGCAAACGUGUUACAGCAGGUUGGCGUUAAGAUUAUAAGCAACGCUGACUGUCAAACUGCUUACAACGACUUGCAAGUAACCAUCGAAAAUAGUGUGAUCUGUGUUCAGACUGACAAUCCUACGUGCUGGGGUGACUAUGGAGGUCCUUUGCUUGUGAGAUCGUCGCCCACUGCUCCUUGGACCCAGGUCGGCAUCAUCACGGACACAUUCUCUAAUAUUUGUUCCGUUACGAGUCGUCCCGUAAGAUACACAAGGGUGUCAUCGUUCUCGUCUUGGAUUUCGGCCAGAACAUAGUGAAGAUUAUUUAUAUCAAACAUGGGGAUCAGUGUAUGAUGAAUUUUUUACGGUAUCAUUUUGAAAUAGUUAUUUUAUUUAAAUUUUAUUAUUUACUGCAAACAGUUGU